ACGCACAUCACAGCCAUAUCUUCCCUUGCAGUACACCUCUCUCUCUCUCUCUCUCUCUCUUUCUCUUUCUCUUUCUCUGUUUGUUUCGUAUAUCUUCGAUCUCGAUUAAGGACUGAGGUUCUGGAUUAAUUAUUUCCUCUUAAUUACAAGGAGAAAAGAAAGUGGUGGUGAUUUUGAUGUGCUGAAGAGAGCCCUGUGAAUUCUGUUUGCAGAAACAUGACAGCGCUUGUAGUUCACCAAUUCGCUCAGUGCAUCACUUGCCAUGCUUGGAGUCCAGAUCAUUCCAUGGUUGCAUUUUGUCCGAACAACAAUGAGAUCCACAUCUAUAGAUCCUUGGAAGACAAAUGGGAGAGAGUACAUGUUCUUCACAAGCAUGAUCAAAUUGUUUCUGGGAUAGAUUGGAGUGCAAAAUCAAAUCAAAUUGUUACUGUAUCACAUGAUCGGAACUCAUAUGUUUGGAGCCAGGAAGCAUCAGAAUGGGUACCAACCCUUGUUAUUCUAAGGCUAAACCGUGCUGCUCUUUGUGUUCAAUGGAGUCCUAAAGAAAACAAGUUUGCAGUUGGAAGUGGGGCCAAAACUGUUUGCAUCUGCUACUAUGAACAAGAGAAUAAUUGGUGGGUCAGUAAACUUAUCAGGAAAAAACAUGAUUCUUCUGUGACAAGUGUUGCCUGGCAUCCUGAUAAUAUUCUUAUCCUUAGCAGAUUCGGGUUCUCUGACACUAUGAUAGGAUGGAUCCACAUGAUUCUAAGGUCUGCUAGAAUUUCUAUUCUCCUCAACGGCGGCCCGGUGGGCUAUUUCGAAGCUAGUAGAGGCCUCCAGCAGGGCGACCCCAUCUCCCCCAUUUUAUUCAUUAUCGCCGAGGAAGUUCUUUGCCAUGGGUUAAAGGAUUUCGCUGCCAAGAAUCUCAUUAAGCCUAUUGUUGGUCCCCGUGGAGCUGACAUUCCUACCAAUCUCCUCUUCGCUGAUGAUGUUUUCAUAUUCAUGAACGCUUCUAAAAGCUUCUCAACUGAGUUAUGGAGGAAGGUCUCAGACCUGUUUAAUAUAGCCUGGACCAGCAAAGAUUCAGCGAGAGACAUGGUUGUUUGGUGGCGCAAUAAGGGCAAAGGAUGGUCCUUGCGGAUGGGCUAG